GAUGCCGGGAUGUGAAUGGUGCUCUCGUUCCUCCCGUUGCCAUCCCGGAGGAGAGAAGUGAAGACCCGGGAGAGCGGAGCAGAAGCAGAAGCAGAAGGAGGAAUCCGCGAGAUGAAGAAGCCUCCUCUGGCCGCGCUAGGAAUUUUUCCUUGGCAGGCGUGCCCUUUUUAAUUUGGGGUUCAGUUGGAGCGGGGAACCCGUCUUUCCUCAGAACAGCAGCAACAGCAAGGCGAGCUGUCCCUUCGCAGCAACUUUUGGAAGGGUGUGCCCAAAUUUGAGGGAGUGACACAUGACCAUUGGACCUGAAUUGGUACAUCCCUGACUAUUCCUGUUAGGACACUGCAGUGUUUUGGACUGGAAGACAUAAAGAUGAUUUGACGUCUGCAAAGAUGCUCAUGUAGCACCAGUCAGCUGCAAACAAUUGUGGAAAAAUACAUAUUUAGUCUAUUGAGUUACAGUGGGAUGUUCUCAUCUGUGUAUUCGUGCCAGCUUCCUUGGCUUGGGUAUAGCAUCAUAUUAGCACCUGCCUUUACUACAGUCUGUAACUAAUAACUAAAUAAAGGAUGCGGAGAUUUGUCUACUGCAAAGUGGUUCUUGCCACUUCUCUCAUGUGGGUGCUGGUGGAUGUGUUUCUCCUGCUGUACUUCAGUGAAUGUAACAAAUGUGAUGACAAGAAAGAAAGGUCCCUGCUGCCUGCUCUAAGGGCUGUUAUGUCAAGAAGCCAAGAAGGACCAGGAGAGAUGGGAAAAGCCGUUCUCAUUCCCAAGGAUGAUCAGGAAAAAAUGAAAGAGCUUUUUAAAAUCAACCAAUUUAAUCUUAUGGCCAGUGACAUGAUUGCAUUCAACCGAAGUUUACCUGAUGUAAGAUUAGAAGGAUGUAAGACAAAAGUCUACCCUGACGAACUACCCGCCACAAGCGUGGUCAUAGUAUUUCAUAAUGAAGCUUGGAGCACUUUGCUCCGUACUGUUUACAGCGUUAUCAGUCGGUCUCCACACUAUCUCCUUUCUGAGAUCAUCUUGGUAGAUGAUUCCAGCGAAAGAGAUUUUCUGAAGCUCCCAUUAGAGAAUUAUGUAAGAAAUUUGCAAGUGCCAGUAAAAAUUAUUAGGAUGGAGCAGCGGUCAGGACUGAUUCGAGCUCGGCUGAGAGGGGCUGCCGCUUCCAAAGGUCAGGUCAUCACUUUCUUGGACGCCCACUGUGAAUGUACCACAGGUUGGCUGGAGCCCCUGCUGGCAAGAAUAAAAGAAGACAGGAAAAUUGUUGUAUGCCCAAUUAUCGAUGUAAUCAGUGAUGACACAUUUGAAUAUAUGGCUGGAUCAGACAUGACUUAUGGAGGAUUUAAUUGGAAACUUAAUUUUCGUUGGUAUCCCGUUCCCCAGAGAGAAAUGGACAGAAGGAAAGGAGACAGAACUUUGCCUGUGAGGACCCCUACUAUGGCUGGUGGCCUAUUUUCUAUUGACAGAAACUACUUUGAAGAGAUAGGAACAUACGAUGCAGGAAUGGAUAUCUGGGGUGGAGAGAAUCUUGAAAUGUCUUUUAGGAUAUGGCAGUGUGGAGGCUCAUUGGAGAUUGUAACAUGUUCACAUGUUGGCCAUGUUUUUCGAAAAGCUACUCCCUAUACAUUUCCUGGUGGUACUGGUCAUGUAAUUAACAAAAAUAAUAGACGACUUGCAGAAGUGUGGAUGGAUGAAUUUAAAGAUUUCUUCUACAUAAUAUCUCCAGGAGUUGUCAAAGUGGAUUAUGGAGAUGUAUCAGUCAGAAAAGCAUUGAGAGAAAAUUUGAAAUGUAAACCAUUUUCAUGGUACCUAGAAAAUGUGUAUCCAGAUUCUCAGAUUCCACGACGCUAUUACUCCCUUGGAGAGAUCAGAAACGUUGAGACAAACCAAUGUUUAGAUAACAUGGGACGUAAGGAAAAUGAAAAAGUAGGCAUAUUCAACUGUCACGGCAUGGGAGGAAAUCAGGUAUUUUCAUACACUGCUGACAAGGAAAUCCGCACAGAUGAUUUAUGUUUGGAUGUCUCUAGGCUCAAUGGGCCUGUAAUUAUGCUGAAGUGCCAUCACAUGAGAGGAAAUCAACUUUGGGAAUAUGAUGCCGAGCGACUGACCUUGAGACACGUGAACAGUAACCAGUGUCUUGACGAGCCCUCAGAGGAUGACAAAAUGGUUCCCACCAUGAAGGACUGCAGUGAAAGCCGAUCCCAGCAGUGGCUGUUACGUAACAUGACCUUGGGUGCCUAAAGCCAAGACAGACUUCAUGUCCUUCCUCAGGCCUUGGAAGGGUCUAAACUGCUCACGCUUCACACAAAAGGAUGUUCUUCUUCCCUUGUCAGUGAAGAGAAAGGGUUUGGAUGCUUAAUUAAAAGCCCACAUGCCAGAAAACAACUUUUUUUAUUGCUUCAAAGCAUGGUUGCACUUUUUUUUCCCCUCUGAUUUUUUUUUACAAGUCAGCUGAACACAUGGAUGCUUUAUCCACCCUGGCAUAUACAGUAUUCUGAGGACAUACCAGUUUUGAGAAAAGCAGACUCCAGAAAAGCAUUACAAAGCGAAAUUCCAAGGGGGUGGGAAGUGGCUUGCUAUGGGUUCUGUCCUGUAAUGUUGCUUGAAAGUGACACUGUUAAAUGCCUUAUGAAGCUCACUUGCAUUGUGAAAGAUGGCAACAUUUGUUUUCCUCCGUUGAUGUGUUUGUACCAGUCCAUGGUGACAGAGGAAGAAUCUGUUGUUAAUCUGCUGCCAACUAUCACCUAUGAAUAGCCCAGCUGAAAAGAUUUCUCAGCAGUAAAUUUCUGUAUAUAUUGGAUGUUUUUCAUGUAUAGUGUCAGGAAAAAAGUGGCAUUUCUGUUCCUGAAACCUCUGUUAAAAUCCACAGAACUGGAUGAAGGAUAUGCUGGCAUGUGGAAUGUAAAAUUGAAUUCACGGCCAAGGGGAGCAUGAGGAAAUGGGAUUGAUGAUACCCACUGAUGCCGUUUGCAAAAGAUAAGUCAUUACAAGCAUUGCAACUCACUUGGCGAAUUCCCAUAAUCUCCCAUUAAUGACUAAUAUAAAAGACAGCAAGCAUAGUUUAUCCAAAUCACACAAGAUACUGAUAGAAGAACAGGUUAUGAGUAGACACAGCCUGAUUUCAAGUUGAGUUUGGUUGCAGUAGCUACCCCUUUUUGUCCUAUCAAAUGUGUUUGUUUUCUAAAAGAUUAUUCUUAGUCUAUAGGCGUACAUAAUAGAUCAACAAUACCAAUAGAUCUUACCUGAAAAUGUCAACAGUGCAACCCCUUAAUAAGUCUUCAAAACAUAGCAAGUUGAACCUUUAGCAUAUGACCGCACUGAGUUCAGGACUAAUUAAAAAACAUGUCUAAUAAGCUUGUCUGCUUUGUAGAUAUAGGACAUGCGAUAAGACAUAACUAUCUCUAUAAACAGUAUUUUUUUAAAAAAAAAAAGAGAGGGUUUUUUAUCACAUAUCUCUGUGCCAGUGUGUAAGUAGGAACAAUCUUUAUCCAACAUUGGAAUCUUGUGAGCAUUAUUGGGUCAGGAAGAAAAUAAAAUGUAUUUAUUUUUAGUUGGAUUUAAUUUGAUGCAGUUUGUAUUGUCAGCCCCAUGGCCAUGCCAAAGUUUCUGUGAAUUAUGCUGUAAUAAGUAGUAUGAAUUGAUCAGUUCCCUACUGCAAUACUGAGAGAUUGAACUGAACUCUUUCAAGUUUCAGUCUGGCAUAUCGAGAAAAUGAGAUGGCUCUUCCUGUGGAUGAGACUCACUACGUGAUACUGUCUUUGUGUUAUUAUCACCCAUUUGUUGAUUUUGAAUAUGCUCAUUUCUCUGCUUUUUCUGUCCCAGAAGAGUUCUUCACAGCGGCCAUGUAAGUAUGCUAGGAGAGUCUGCUAUCAGAGCUCAAGCAGGAUCAGAAGCAAAAGAACGUAAAAAUAUCAGCCUGGAAUCCAAGUCAAAGAGCCAGUGGGGCUGAGGCAAACAGCAUUCCCUGAAGAAGAGAGAUUAUCUGGUUGAUAAAGUCAGGCAAACCGAAGAUAUAUUCAGAAAUAAGCUGAUGCUGGCCAGAUCCUUAGCAAGUAAUGCAGCCGCAUGGUCCAGUUUGAAGCGUUAUUGCUUAUAUAGGUCCAUAACAUUCAAGGUCUCCAGGUGGUUCUUGGACAGGCUGUCUGUGGUGUCUACUUUGUCCUUGUUUGCUGGGAAGCAGCAAAGUUUAGGUCAUCCUGCAGGUUACCUUUUUGAUACUCACCAGCCAAACUGACUGAUAAGAGUUUGCUAUGGCAGUGGGCCUUGUUCUGGAGAAGGAGGUGUUUCUGUUCUCCCCCCACAGGUUUUAACCACAAUUUGAGGAACAGCAAGCCUCUUUUGCAUCUUAUGGCAAUUCUAGCAGCCAGUGACCUCUGGAGGAUCAGUACCAUUCAGGGAUCAUACUGCUCCAAACCCAUCAAGUAAAUGCUUCUGUUCAAGCUGCUGUAAGUGCAAGCUUAAGUACAUGGGGAUGACUUCUUUUUGAAUAAGAACAUAAAAAGGAACUUAAUCCAGUAUAAGGCCAUUAUGGGAAUAAGUCCCAUAAAUACAAAUUAUUCCUGAGGAAAUGUGGCUUGUGCUAAACAGUGAGGAAUGUUGCAAACUGCAAAGUUCUUUGAAGCUAAUGAUCUUAUUUUUAAUCAUUUAAGAGGUGGUUCCAAUAUAAGCAAUGCUUUUUCUUAAGGCAUUAAUAGUAUGACAUUAAAAAGUAAUAAAAGCAUUUGCUUCCCUCAAAUGAUAUUGCUACGAACAGAAAUCUUCAAAAAGAUGGGUAGGAAGGGAGUCUCUGAAAAUUUAUAUGCAAAGUUUGAGAGGAGCGAUGGAACCAUCAGGCUAUCACUUCUCCAAUUCCCAGAAUUCCAAGAAGGCUUAGUAGGAAUUUUAGGAGUUGAAUCCCAACACAGUUCAACCCUGUGCUUAGGGGAAGCAGCAGCAGGCGGAGGAAGGUAGAAUGGGUACAAGCAGAAUCAAGACGUAGGUUCUACGUGCACUACCACUGCUGCUAAUUCCAAUAAAAUGCCCCCACAGAGCACCUCAUGGACCUCUACAUUCAAUAUCUACUCCAUCCCAUCUUUUUAGUGAGCAAAAAACAGAGGACGUGGGAGUAUUGCCCCAGCAUUGCCAUUAUAUUCCUAUAUGGUCUUGGCAAACUGUUAAGCCUAAAAUCAAAGUUUCAAUGAAUAGUUUUAAAAGAUUGUACAUUAACUUGUGAUGUCCUCUCUCUCUGUUCUGUAGAUCAAUAAAAUAUGUGCUGUUCCUCAUUUGAAUGGCACUGAUUACUCACUUUUUAAAGUCACUUUAUAAUAUCAACAGUUGAGUUCAAAUUUAAACAUUUUUUUUGAAAACUUAAUGUCAAUUUGGCUUUUCUUUCCCUGUGUGUAGAGUAGAAACGAUGUCCUAACUUCAUAGGAAUGUGCUGAGGGACAAAUAUAAUAAAUAUGAAAAAUGAUUGAGGUAUAAAUAUCUAAAAACAAGAACAGUAUUAUAAAAAAGGUAAAGCUUAAGGAAUUUCUUGAAGAAGGAAAGAUAGGUAUAUAAAGUUUGAAUUAAUGGGAAUAAGUUCUUUUUGUCUUCGGAGGCUGCUUCUGGACUGUUGAAUCCAAGAACAGUAUUUUUAUCUAAUAACAGACAAGUAAAAUAGCCUUUUAAAAGGUGAUUAGUACUGUACUGAUAAUCAAUAUAGUCCAGUUUUUUUACUUGAAAUUAAUGAGAUCAUAUCUGAUCAUAUAAACUUUAGUUGCAUCUCAUUUGUAGAUGCUAAAUACAGUCUCAAAUGAGGCAUAUACUAGUGAGGGUGAUUUAGUGUAAAGCUAUGAGUGAGGCUGAAAUGGUUUUGGGAAGAAAUUUCAAAUAAAUUUUAUAAUGCUAUUGUCUUCUGGGUCCUUCUGCAACAUUAUGAACUGGAUAAACUGAAACAUAUUUACAAUUUCAAUAGGAAAUCAGAAUUGUAAUUAACUGUUGUGAUAGCGACAUCUUGAGAAUUUAAACUCUGUGUUCCACUAACCAUUACACAUUUGUGUGUGUGCGUGCACACACACACAUAUUUCCAUGUGUGGAAUAAACUAAAAAGUAUGCUGCUAUUACUGUAUGAAUGCAUCUGGUGAGAUUCCACCACACUAAACUGCUACUAAAUAUAAGCUAUUGUUUCAUCUCAAGAUGCUGACUGCACAUCAGCAAAAUGUUUUAUAUGAGGUUAUGUGAAUUAUUCAUGUGAAAAUGUUUUCAAACACUGAGAGAUCCUUCUGAAGCCCCCCUUUCAUUGUUCCAAAUAUACUGAAUUCGCCAUUUGUCCCUUGAAUGUUCAGGAUAGCCAUGUAAAUCAGUUUCUUUGUAAACUGGGCCACUGGUGUUCCCUACCCAUCUAGGCCUUGCAUACAUCACAUGGCAGCAAAUCCACGUUUGGCCCAAGUAUGUGGACCGAGGGAUUUAUAGCCAAUCCCACCUUCUGAUGGUAUGCUUCUGUGAUGUGCAAAAUUUCAAAAUUGAUCACAACCCUGCAUCUUUAAGUGCAUCUGAAGCAUUACACCCGAAAGGCAUAAUAUGCAAAGAGGUCCUUUAAAAUGGCCACUGUGGGUUUUUUAAUGUGCUUGGUCACCCAUCUUAGAGGGAGCGUCCAUUGGAAGAAUUGCUCUUAAAACUUCUGACAGUGCGUGCUUGGGACACAAUACGUGUUACAAUUAUAAGAGUGGGCUGUGGUUCAAGAAUUACGCAAUUGCAAAUGUAACAGUUAUUAAAUGUUAACUCUGCUGUAAAUUUUCAAUAUUUAUACAUUUUGUAGAAAUAAAAUA